AUGUCUCCUCUCGCACGCAAGGGUUUAGACGAUGCAGCACAACUUUUAGCUCAUGCCACUCUACCGCCUCCUUGUCAUCAUAAUUAUGCCGGCCGGGUUGCGCAGCGGAUUGCAAAAGAGCUCCCCCCGCAUCAUCCAACUAGGGCAUUCAUCGCGGAUCUUCAGGUUGCGCUAGACAUGAACUCAUUUGGGGAGAUCGGGCCUUGCGCAAGUCCGAGUUACUAUACUGUAGCGCUUGAUGGAGCUCUUGCAUCCGCCCCGUCCGCAAGAGGACUUUUCGACAUCGGCACCCCGUCCUAUGAGAGUAGGCAGCAAUGGUCGGUGAACGUAUGGUUGCUGGACCCCCUGUCCAGCCAAUCUCCUGUUGAUGUCAAGGGGUUUGCGAUGCCAACCAUAUGUGUGGCGAUGUUGGCGCUGUCCAACCCGUCAUCUGUCGAGUCCUGCGUAGCUGGUAGGAGUCCGGUUAUGAGAGAAUAUUGUUGGCCAGCCCUGUCCAGUCAGUCUCCUGUUGAUGUCAAGGGGUUUGCGUCGUUUCAGCUGCCCACGUCACGCAUUGACGCGAUCCUUCCUACAUUCCAUGGUUCUUCGAGGCCCCCAUCGGGCCAGGAGUGA